AUGUCUUGGAGACUAGUGGUGGGGAUAGGCCCCUCAUCUUGCCCCAAAGACAACGGUGACAGAUCCCCAAAGAGGAGCGACAACUUUGGCUGGCCUCAGGGUUCGCUGCCUCCUGCUGCGUGGGAACACGGAGAGUUCCAAGCCCUGAUGGAAGGCAUGAAAUCAGCAUACGAAACAGCGGACAUAGUGCGUCAUCGAGACAGCACACACGCUCGUCAACCCGACCAGUACCUCGAUGGACAGCCAGGGUCGAGUAGAACUCCAAGCCUAUCUGCAAAGCGGCUCUCGAAUACUUUGGGUAAAACGCCAGGGACACAGUAUGUCUCAACAAGCUCCAAGGAAACCCCGCGCGCAGUUGCUAGUUAUCCCAGGCCCCAGCAAAACACGGGAGAGCAACCGGAUUUCUUGGCAAGUCGAGGCACAUUUGACCAAGCCGUGCCUCAAGGUGAUCCUCUCCUCGACAAGUUUCUCUCAGGAAGCCAAGGGAGCCAGAAUGCAACAUUCCCCCUUGAGGCAAACAAUGGGGAUGAACCCCAAGAAAUCCAAGAAGUCGGCAUCCCACUGCAACUCCUCUGA